UCUGUGGAGUGGUUGUUGUUACUGUAAUGCCUGUGUUAUGCAGGAGAGAACACACAGUUUAGGCAGUGACUCAGGCUGCAUAUAUUACUGUGAUUAGCUGGAGCUACUGCAGUGUGGGGGGAGAGAGAAAAAGCAAGCGAGAGAUAAAAUAAUAGAGAGUGGGGAAGCGAGAGCUUCCCUGCAUGUCUAUGCGAUUGUGUUUUCACUGGUCUACUGCAUUACUAUACAAUGCAGUUUCCCUCUCUCCACUCCCUCCCUCUCUCCUCCACUCUUUCUCUCUGUGUGCUAAUCUUCACUCGCUCUCACUGCUCAAAUCUAUCUCUCCUGCCUUUGGUUCUACUCUCUACAGUGAAGAUGACAUCCCCAGAUUUGAUGAACCAGCGAGCCCCUCCUACUGGCCGGUGGCUGCCCAGCAAGACCCCACAAGCUCGGGCGUUCUGGCUGAGGACAUGCCCCCUCUAAAGUGGUUCUUCAGCAAAGGCACUGACAGCAACGGCCAGGUCUGAAUUAGUGGCUACAACCCUCAGCUCUCUAGAUAAGACCUGUCCUGCUCCCUGGAAACAAACUCUUAUACACUAAAUGCAGAGGACAUUGAGAGAUACAAGACAUGUCACAGAUGGAACAGGAGAUCACUCUAGUCCAGAGGAAGAUGUCUGAUCUGGAGUCAGUGCUGCAGCAGAAGGAUGUGGAGCUGAAAGCCUCAGAGACACAGAGGACCAUCCUGGAGCAAGACCUGGCUACCUACAUCACCGAGUGCACUAGUCUGAAGCUCAGUCUGGAGCAGGCACGUAUGGAGGUUUCCCAGGAAGACGACAAGGCGCUGCAGCUCCUCCAUGGCAUCCGGGAGCAGAGCAACAAGCUGCAGGAGAUUAAAGAACAGGAGUGCCAAGCCCAGCUGGAGGAGAUGCGUGUGGCCAUCAGGCAGCUGGAGGAGGACCUGUCUGCGGCCCGUCGUCGUAGCGACUUGUACGAGUCGGAGCUGAAGGAGUCCCGUCAGACCAGCGAAGAGCUGAAGAGGAAAGCAGCAGACUAUCAACAGAGGAUGCAGAAGGCCAAGGAGCAAGGAAAGACUGAUACGGAGGAGCUUCUGUCAAAGCUGGAGAAGACCAACACUGAACAGCAAGGGAAAAUUCAGGAUCUCCAAGAUAAGCUUGCCAAGGCAGUGAAGGCGAGUAGUGAGACCACAGAUCUCCUCCAUAGCAUCAGGGUGGCUAAGGAGCGCAUGGAGCGUGAACUGGAGAGGCUUCAGACCAAGGAGGACUCCAGUGACAGCCUCCGUAGACGCCUGAGAGAGACAGAGGAUGGCAGGAAGACCCUGGAGAACCAGGUGAAGAGGCUGGAGAUAGUUGAGCGCAGGGAGAGUAAGCUGAAGGAGGACAUGCAGAGCAAGGCCCAGCAGAUCCAGCAGAUGGCUGAUAAAAUCAUGGACCUGGAGGAGAGUCUGCGUGGGAGCCAGUCCACAGCCCAACGUGUGGAGACCCACCUGGAGCAGAAGGAGAAGCUCUAUGAAGAGAAGUUCAAGUUUCUGGAGAACCAGAUGAAGGCAGACAUGGCAGAUAAGGAGAUGCUGGAAUCCAGUCAGAGCAAGUAUGAGGAGGAGGUCCAGGAGAAGUGCAGCAUCAUCAGUGAGCAGAAGGCGACCAUCAAUGCCAUGGACUCAAAGAUGGCCAGCCUGGAGCAGAGGAUUGCUGAGCUGUCUGAGGCCAACAAACUGGCAGCCAACAGCAGUAUCUACACCCAGAAGAACAUGAAAGCCCAGGAGGAGAUGAUCUCGGAGCUGAGGCAGCAGAAGUUCUACCUGGAGUCCCAGGCUGGGAAGCUGGAGGCCCAGAACGCCAAGCUGGAGGAACACCUGGAGAAGAUGAGCCAGCAGGAGCAGAGCAACAAGAACCGAGUGCUGGAGCUGGAGACCAGGCUGAGAGAGAUGGGCCUUGAGCACGAGGAGCAGAAGCUGGAGAUCAAGCGUCAGGUGACGGAGCUGACUCUGUCGCUGCAGGAGAGGGUUUCUCAGAUCAGUGGGCUGCAGGCGGCACGCCAUUCCCUGGAGAGUCAGCUGCAGCAGGCCAAGUCAGAGCUGGAGGACACCACCACUGAGGCUGAGGAGGAAAUCUGUGUUCUUAGAGCCCACCGAGACGAGAUCCAGCGCAAGUAUGAUGCCCUCAGAGACAGCUGUGCGGUGAUCACAGACCUGGAGGAGCAGCUGACCCAGCUGACCAAGGAGAACUCUGAACUGAACCGUCAGAACUUCUACCUGUCCAAGCAGCUGGACGAGGCCACGGACGAGACAGAGGACCGCCUGCUGCUGGGUCAGGAUGUGGACCGCCUCCGCCACGAGGUGGCUGACCGCGAGAUGCACCUCAACAACCAAAAACAGAACAUUGAGACGCUGAAGACCACGUGCACCAUGCUGGAGGAACAGGUCCUGGAGCUGGAGACCCUGAAUGAUGAGCUGCUGGAGAAGGAGAGGCAAUGGGAUGCCUGGAGGGGAACCCUGGAGGACGAGAAGAACCAGGCUGAGAGGAGGACCAGGGAGAUCCAGAGACUGCUGGACAACGAGAAGCAGAACAGGCUGCGUGCGGACCAGCGCAACUCGGAGGCUCGUCAGUCUAUUGAACAGGCAGUGAAAGAGCACAAGGCUGAGAUUCUGGCCCUGCAGCAGGCCCUCAAGGACCAGAAACUCAAAGCAGAGAGCCUCUCUGACACACUGAAUGACCUGGAGAAGAAGCAUGCCAUGCUGGAGAUGAAUACCAGGAGUCUGCAGCAGAAGCUGGAGAGUGAGAGGGAGCUGAAGCAGAGGCUGCUGGAUGACCAAGGAAACCUGCAGCAGCAGCUAGAUGUUCAGAAGAGCCACAUCUUCCGGCUAACCCAGGGGCUGCAGGACGCUCUGGACCAAACUGACCUGCUGAAGACUGAGAGGACUGACCUGGAGUACCAGCUGGAGAACAUCCAGCUCCACCUGCAGGCUGUGUACUCCCAUGAGAAAGUGAAGUUGGAGGGGACCAUCACCCAGCAAUCCAAACUCAUAGACUUCCUCCAGGCCAGGGUGGACCAGGGGGGCUCCAAGAAGAAAAAGGGUCUAUUUGGGCGGCGCAGAGAGGACCUGCUGGCUGCCAUGGCAGCCCAGGCCCAGUCCCAGGUGCCCCAGCAGGUGUCUCCCACACCCUCCAUGCAGCCGGUGCCCCUGCAGUACAGUGACAUAAAAGUGGCCCUGGACAAGGAGCGCUCCCGCUGCUCUGAGCUGGAGGAUGCACUGCAGAAGAUGAGACUAGAGCUGCGCUCCUUACGAGAGGAGGCAGUCCAGUACAAGCCUGUGGACCAUGGUGGUACCCCUGCCACCCCUGGCACAACGCGGCAGCAGAUUAUGAUGUCUGCCAUGGUGAAGUCUCCUGAGCACCAGCAGGGCCCAAGCAACCUGCUGGCUACCUCGAACUCUGGCCGCAGGAAGGAGGCUGCCACCCCCGAGGAGUAUGGCCUUCGCAUGCAGGACAGUCAGAGAGACAGGGAGAGGGAGAGGGAGAGGGGGAGGCAGAGGGAGAGCAUUCACCACAACACCGCUCACCGCUUCACUGUGGGACUCAACAUGAGGGCUGCCAAGUGUACUGUGUGCCUGGAUACCGUGCACUUCGGUCGUCAGGCAGCCACCUGUAUCGAAUGUCACGCUUUGUGCCAUCCAAAAUGCUCCCCCUGUCUACCUGCCACGUGCGGCAUGCCUGGAGAAUGUGCCUUGCAUAUGGCUGAGGGACUGUGCCGGGACAAAGGCAGUUCUCCUGGCCUGCAGCUCAAAGAGGCCAGCGGACAUGUUCGCCUGGAAGGCUGGAUGAAACAGCCCAGGAAUGGGAAGCGUGGCCAGGGCUGGGAGAGGAAGUAUGUGGUGCUGGAUGGGACCAAGGUGACCAUCUACGAAACAGAGCCCAGAGAAGAGUCAGUGAAGCCGCUGGAGGAGUUUGAGCUGUGUCUGUCUGAUGGAGAGGUGAUGGUGCACGGUGCUGUAGGGGCGUCUGAGCUGCCCAACACCGCCAAGUCAGAUGUGCAGUAUGUGCUAAAACUGGAGUCCUACCCCCACACCUCGUGCUGGCCCGGACAGACUUUGUACUUCAUGGCUCCCAGUUUCCCAGACAAGCAGCGCUGGGUGGCCGUGCUGGAGUCUGUGGUGGUAGGGGGGCGAGCAUCCCGGGAGAAGGCUGAGGCAGACGCAGCUGCUGUGUCCAAAAGACAGAUGGUUCUGCCUUCUCUGGUCCAGAAACUAUUGGGGAACUCUCUGCUGAAGCUGGAGGGUGAUGACAGGCUUGACAUCAACUGUACACUUCCCCUCACAGACCAGAUAGUGUUAGUGGGCUCUGAGGAGGGUCUGUACGCCCUGAAUGUGAUCAAGAACUCCCUGACCCACAUCCCUGGCCUGGGCUCCGUCUUCCAGAUCCACAUCAUGAAGGAGCAUGAAAAGCUGCUGAUGAUUGUUGGGGAUGAGAGGGCACUGUGUCUGGUGGAGAUUAAAAAGGUUAAGCAGUCUCUUGCCCAGUCCCACCUGCCUGCCCAGUCUGAACUGGCACCAUUUAUCUUUGAGACAGUCAAGGGAUGCCACCUCUUCUCUGCAGGCAGAAUAGAUAAUGGGCCUUGUAUCUGUGCUGCAAUGCCUAACAAGAUUACAAUUCUGCGUUACAAUGACAAUCUCAACAAGUUCUGCAUUCGCAAGGAGAUAGAGACUCUGGAGCCCUGCAGCUGCCUCCACCUGACCAGCUACAGCAUCAUCAUUGGCACAAACAAGUUCUAUGAGAUUGAGAUGAAGCAGUAUGUUCUGGAGGAGUUCCUGGAUAAGAAGGACGUGUCUCUGGCCUCGGCAGUGUUUGCUUCCUCCUGCCACAGCUUCCCCAUCUCCAUAAUGCAGGUCACCAGCACUCUGCAGGAGGAGGAGUACCUGCUCUGCUUCCAUGAGUUUGGAGUGUUUGUGGACGCAUAUGGACGAAGGAGCCGCACUGAAGAGAUCAAAUGGAGCCGUCUGCCCCUGGCCUUCGCUUACAGAGAGCCCUACCUGUUUGUGACAUAUUUUAACUCUUUGGAUGUGAUCGAGGUUCAGGGACAUGCUGCACUUGGCCCUCCAGUGCUAGCCCACCUGGACAUCCCUAACCCCCGUUACCUGGGUCCAGCCAUCUCUUCUGGGGCCAUCUACCUGGCCUCCUCCUACCAGAACAAGCUACGGGUCAUCUGCUGCAAGGGCAACCUGGUGAGGGAGUCUGGGGAGCUGCAGAGGACCGGCUCCAGCCGCGGAAGCCCCAGUAAGAGAGGACCACCCACAUACACAGAGCACAUCUCCAAGCGUCUGGCCUCGGGCCCUAGCAGCCAUGAGGGGCUUCACCGUGAGCCCAGCACACCACACCGCUACCGGGAGGGCCGAACCGAGUUCCGGCGGGACAAGUCCCCGGUGCGCCCCCUGGACAGAGAGAAGUCCCCAGGCCCCAGACUGGACAGCCGCAGAGAUAGGUCCCCUGGGAGGUUUGACGACCGCCAACGUCUCCACACCGGCUCUGACCGCCGCACACAGCUCACCCCUGUCAACAAGGUGUGGGACCAGUCGUCUGUGUGAGUAACACAAGGAGAGGUUUAGGAGAGAGGAGCUGUGUGACCCUCUGUCCACUCUGCACAUGGCUACGACCAACCAGAAAACCAAGUCAUCCCUAUCGCCUGUAUAUAGUGCAAUCUGGAUUCAUUUGCCAACACACUGUUGCACUGGGGACAUUUCCUUUGACAAUCUUCUCCUUUCUGAUGUGUAUUCAUUGCUAUGGUCCCAUGGCAGAUAGCUGUUCAACAGAGCAGCGUUUGCAGGGAAACCCUGUGGCUCUAAUGGGUCGAGGCUAUAAUCUACAAUCAAAGUUGUAAAUAUUGUUCCAGUUUUUAUAGAUAAAAGGGAAUAGUAGGCUGGUAAAGCCAAGUCUAUAUUUUUUAAGGACGUGUUUCUAAUGAUGUUGCAGGGAGAAAUUGUUGCAGGGAGAUAAAUCUAAUCUCAUCAUCCCAGUUACAAUAGUGUACUUUUGCUUUUCUAUGGAUCAAUCAUCAAUCAUGCCAACAUUUAAUCACCCAUGUACUGUACAAAUCAAAUGGGUUCCAAGAGGGCAAUGCUCAUGAGCUUUUCACUUUGCACUUGAGAUUAAGGGCUCUAUUCAAUCCGCAUCGCAGAAAUACAGUUUUACAGCAUGAUUGAAAUGUAUAUGCAAUGUUCACGCUUUAGCGGAGACUGCAUUCAUGGUAAACGCUGCAUGUCAGCGCAAUUGGAAAUUACCUUUACAUUUCUAUAGCGGAAUCUGUAACGCUUCAGCUUUACAGACUGAAUAGAUCCCUUACUUUGAGCAGGAUUCCAAAUUCAUUGUUUCUACAUGAACAGUCUUCUUUUUGGAUCAACUUUGUAUGGUCCUCUUGACUAAAUGGACUUUGAUAUCUAAUUGCAUAUGAUUGCUUAAUAACAGUUGUCUUACCAUACUAAAUGGACAAAAUAAUGUUAGGCUACAAGUGUUCCUUGUGUUAAGUAUACCUAAAAUGGAUAAUAAGCUUUGUCUUUGAUUUGAAACAGCAGGCAGUGGCGCUCGCUGACCAUGCUCUCAGCUUGUUCUGGAGUCUGCUGCCUGCAGCUGCUUAUUAUGGUACAGAUGUCCUGUUCUUACUUCGGUGCAGUGAACUAUCUAUGAAAUCCAGUAAUCGUCAGGGUUCGUCACUAUUAUCGCUUCUUUUUCAAUUGAUCAAAAAAUAUUAAAUUUGUCACAUCAAAGAGCAUGAGUAAUUUAGAGCAGCAGUUGUUGCUUUUUUACCUUGAUUUUUGGGCUGUGUUUUUCUGUCAUGUAUUCACAUGAAUUUGUAUUCAAUAAGUAAACAUCGUUGCAAGACAACUAAAGGUUUUUCUUGAUUUUUGUACAUACAUUAAAGAUGAUUGAGCAACCCCUCCAAUGUGUCUAGAUGUGUCCUUUUUUUGUACCAUACAUCUUGCAUAUCAUUUUAGUUUUGCAUGAGAAUCUAUUCCGGCUAGCAAAUAACAGAUGGAAAUAGCCACUUUAUUUUCCUUUCAUUCUACAUCAAUGUAAUGCUCUUUAAAGUAAAUUCAACAAAACAAAAUAUUCAUACUAAACAAAGGAGCACUUGUUACAAGAAACUGCUAUGUCCUGUUACAGGAAACAGCUCAAAGUCUCCUUGGACCAAGGAGACAUGAGAAGGUUGAAAGUGCUUUUUAAACAUAAAGGUUAAAGGAGAAAUACAAAUCAAAAGCACAUUAGUUAUCCCUUUGUUACACAGGAGGUUGGUGGCACCUUAAUUGGGGAGGACGGGCUCAUGGUAAUGGCUGGAGCGGAAUAGUAUCAAA